GUGUCUAACGUGGGCUGUACGUUGGGUUUGUGCUUUUAGAAAUGACAUCUGUUAAUUUUUCUCUUGCUUUUCUUUGAUUUCCUGAGGGUAUGGUUUCUUGACCUCGUCAGUAUUGACAUUUGGGGCUGGACAGCGCUUGUUGUACAGGCUGUCCUGUGCAUUGUAGGAGGUGUGGCAGCAUCCCUGACCUCCACGCACUAGUUGCCAGGAGUGCCCACCCCUUCCCAUUGUGGCAACCGAGUACGCUUGAAGAACUGCCAGAUGCCCUUCGGAGGCAGAAUUGCCCCUGCUUGUGAGCCACUGCUUUAAGCUAAGCGUAAUUGAUUAGUGCUUCAUCACUGGCGCCUGUUCAUGCAAUGGACUUAACGCUGCAAGCUAAAAUAAGUGGCUUUCUGACAGAAAAAAGAGAGCACUUCAGAAGAAAGAUGUCGAUGUCCGUAGGAGAAUUGAACUUAUUCAGGAUUUUGAAAUGCCUACUGUUUGUACCACUAUUAAGGUAUCAAAAGACGGGCAGUAUAUUUUAGCAACCGGAACAUAUAAACCUCGAGUUCGAUGUUAUGACACCUAUCAGUUAUCCUUGAAGUUUGAAAGGUGUUUAGAUUCAGAAGUUGUCACCUUUGAAACUUUGUCUGAUGACUAUUCAAAGAUUGUCUUCCUGCAUAAUGAUAGAUACAUCGAAUUUCAUUCACAGUCAGGUUUCUACUACAAAACCAGAAUACCAAAGUUCGGGAGAGAUUUUUCUUACCAUUAUCCAUCCUGCGACUUGUACUUUGUUGGCGCAAGCUCUGAAGUUUAUAGAUUAAACUUGGAACAAGGACGGUUCCUGAAUCCUCUACAGACUGAUGCUGCGGAGAAUAAUGUUUGUGACGUAAAUUCAGCGCAUGGCUUGUUUGCCGCGGGAACAAUAGAGGGCCGAGUGGAGUGCUGGGACCCAAGGACACGUGGCAGGGUUGGCCUGUUAGAUUGCGCCUUAAGUAGCGUCACAGCUGAUUCAGAGAUAAACAGUUUACCAACGAUCUCUGCUUUGAAAUUUAAUGGUGCCUUGACCAUGGCAGUUGGAACAUCCACAGGGCAGGUUUUAUUGUAUGAUCUUCGGUCUGAUAAGCCAUUGCUAGUUAAGGAUCACCAAUAUGGGCUGCCCAUUAAAUCAGUUCAUUUCCAGGAUUCAUUAGAUUUGAUUUUCUCUGCUGACUCUCGAAUUAUCAAAAUGUGGAAUAAGAACUCAGGAAAAAUAUUUACUUCCUUGGAGCCAGAACAUGACAUUAAUGAUGUUUGCCUCUCUCCCAACUCAGGAAUGCUUCUUACUGCCAAUGAAACCCCCAAGAUGGGCAUCUAUUACAUUCCGGUUUUGGGUCCUGCUCCCAGGUGGUGUUCCUUCUUAGACAACUUGACAGAAGAAUUGGAAGAGAAUCCAGAAAGCACAGUUUAUGAUGAUUACAAAUUUGUCACCAAGAAAGACCUUGAAAAUUUAGGGCUCACCCAUCUUAUUGGAUCACCUUUUCUCCGGGCAUAUAUGCAUGGAUUUUUCAUGGAUAUAAGACUCUACCACAAGGUGAAAUUGAUGGUAAAUCCAUUUGCUUUUGAAGAAUAUAGGAAAGAUAAGAUCCGACAGAAGAUAGAAGAAACACGAGCACAGAGAGUCCAAUUAAAGAAAUUGCCAAAAGUUAACAAAGAGCUGGCACUUAAAUUAAUGGAGGAAGAGGAGGAAAAGCAAAAAUCUACAUGGAAAAAGAAGGUUAAGAGCCUUCCUAAUAUUCUCACCGAUGAUCGAUUUAAAGUUAUGUUUGAGAACCCUGACUUCCAAGUAGACGAAGAGAGUGAAGAAUUUAGGCUUUUGAAUCCACUUGUUUCCAAAAUUAGUGAAAAAAGGAAGAAGAAACUAAGACUCUUAGAGCAACAGGAACUUCAUGAAAAAGAAGAUGAGGAAGAACCGGAAGGAAAACCAAGUGAUGCAGAAAGUUCUGAGAGUUCGGAUGAUGAAAAAGACUGGGUUGCAGAGGUCAGGAAACAGCGCCGACUUCUCCAACAGGAGGAAAAAGUGAAGCGGCAGGAACGGCUCAGAGAGGACCGGCAGACGGUCCUCAAGCCCCAGUUUUAUGAGAUCAAAGCAGGCGAAGAAUUCAGAAGCUUCAGAGAUUCUGCCACAAAGCAGAAGCUGAUGAAUAAAACCCUUGAAGACCGGUUGAAACUCGAAGCGAAAAAUGGGACUCUGAGUGUAUCGGACACCACGGUUGGCAGCAAACAAUUGACAUUUACAUUAAAGAAGUCAGAACAGCAGAAGAGGCAUCAGGAGGCCGCGAAACUGCACCGACAAGAGAGGAAGGCCCUCCGCCGGCCAGCCGGCCCCCUGAAGUGCAGGCCCCGGAGAGGGCGGCCGCCCCACUGAGUCUGCAGCCGACCCCGCGUGUGACUCGGAGGCGCUCGCCCCCCUGCUGGACCAUCGUUAGAGGGUGCCGUCUGCGCCGGGGACGCGCGCUUCCGAAGCCCCGCGGAAACCCUCGCCGCGUCCGCGGGGGCCGGCAUCUGGCAGCGGGUCCCAGGCCUCCGGUCAGACUGCGGGGCUGCGCCCGCUGGCCAGGCAGUGCCCCCAGGGCGCUCCUGUGCCUGCGGCUCCCUGAGAACAUCGUCCCUUUCCCCGGUUUUAAUCAAGUAAACGAGGUGGUUGUUUUUGAAUAUCGUGAAACAUGCACCGUGACGUGAGAGGUUCUCCUGUGCUGAAAUCCAGGACUGACGGUCUUCCAGAAACUUUCUUGCACCGCCUGCCGCCAUCCAUGAAUCACCCCCCGCCCCCCGAGAUGCUGUCCUGUCUCGCCUGACUUGUGAGCGUCAGUCGUGUUCGUGUUCAUACGGAUAUGCUGGUAGCUGUGUUGCUUGUUGAUGUGUUAGUUUGGGAUUUUUUAAAACAUAUUUUUAUACCAAGAGAAUAUAAAGUAAUGGUAAUAACAGUCUAAAACAAGAAGUGGAAGCUACUGGAUAUUCUUUUAACUUGGCACAAGAUUAAAUACAGAUUUUUUUUUUAUUCUGUUUCUUAAGUGUAAUUAGAGACAUACUGGCUGGAGAAAAUGUUUAUAAAAAUAAAUGCUUUCAUUUGAA